UACACCUUUGAAGGGACUCUCGUUAUGGAUGGAAAGGAGUUAGAAAACGGACAGUUUUACGUCGCUGUUGGCAGAGACAAAUUCAAAAAGCUUCCAUACAGUGACCUGCUGUUCAAUAAACCCAUCGGCAUGAAGAGAGUGAACGGGUCUAAAGCUGCGUCAUUACCGCCGAUAUUCAAAUACAGAAGACAGAAUGGAGAUGUGGGGAACCAUCAUCUGAACAAGUCUGAGUGUGGACAGGAGAAGAGCAGUCCUCCGGCGCAGAGCUCGAAAGAGCAGCUGUUCUCUAUAGUCCGAGAGAUCUCACAGGCCAAGCUCAUGAACAUACGCAAGAAGAGGAGCGGACUCACGGCUUCACAGGAGACUCAGAACAACGAUGAUGGAGAGGACAGAAGAGCAGAAGAUGAUGAGAAAUCGUCACCGGUCCAGCAGGAGGCAGAAGAGGCCAGUCCUGAUAUAGACGAUUCAACCAAAACAGAAGGUGAAGCGGCCCAAAACACAGAAGAAUCACCGUGUGACGGAGAAGAAGAGACGAAAGCAGAGGAUGAAAAGAAUGAAGAGGAUAAAGAGAUAAUGGAAGAGGGACAGGCAUCAGAACCAGAGGCACAUGGUGACGGUGAAGAGAAGAAGGAUGAAGAAGCUGAAGGAGGAGAUGAAGAGGAGAACCAGGAGAACACAGAGAAGGCGGAGGAGAAUCCAGAUCCCAGUGAAUGAAUGAGAAAUGAGAAACCCUGCAGGAGUAGUUCAGCGAGUUCAAACCGUAUGCUUCUCUGUCUGCUGCAGAGCACAGAAGGAGCUGUUGUUCUCUGUAUAAUAACAUGGA